UGAAGUGAUUCAUAAACCACGAAGCUUAUUUCGGUGCAACACUAUAAUGCAAGUACGAGUACGAUGCAGAAAUCGUUUAAUGAUAAUGUUAUCGUUAUCGGUGAGUGCAGUAAAUCGCCGAUGAAUUUAAUAGAAGAUAUUUAUGCGAUAAAGUAUGUCGAAUGUAUCAAAAAUUCGUAUCAGUGAUUUAAAGAAAUCGACAUUUUUUUCAUCUUUUGAAAUCAAGUACACAGAGGAUAACAAAAAAAAGAAAUGGCAUUUCGUACAAUUCAUCGAUAACGUUGCUGUUAUCAUUUUCAACACGACGAGGAAAAAGCUAGUGUUCGUUAAACAAUUCAGACCAACUCUUUAUGCUCAAAAUAUUCCGAGAAAUGAGUGGCGCCACAUUGACGUGAAAAAACACCCGCCAGAGAUCGGCUUCAGUUUAGAGUUCUGUGCUGGUAUCGUAGAUAAAAAAAUGCCAGUUGAACAGAUUGCGAAAUUCGAGGUUUUGGAAGAGACUGGAUACGAUGUUCCGGUUGAGAGACUGCAGAAAGUUAAAGUUCUCAGAUCAACAGGAACGGCUGUCUACGACGUACACUUAUUUUACGUAGAAGUAGACGAUUCGAUGCGAGUUGGCAAAGGAACUGGUAUCGAAGACGAAUCGAUCAACGUGGUGGAAUUAUCAUUAACGGAAGCUGAAUCCAUUAUGAAUAACGACUCGGCUAUUCACCAUUUCGCUUUUAUUUUCGGUCUAAUGUGGUUCUUUGGAAAUAAACUUUAGAAAUAAACACCAGACAAUGAG